AUGCAGCAGCAAGGCAAGAACCGGAACAGGAGAGCGAUCUGCUCGUCGGAUUUCUUUGCUUGGUCUGGACAUGGGUUGGGCAAGCGGCUGCUGCUCAGGGUCGCCGCGCUGUGCCACGGGAGUAGCAAGCUGCCGCCGCCGCCGGCUCCUCCGGCCAUGGCGGAAAUGCCGAGGGUGGAGAUGGCCGGCGACGGCCGCGUCGAGCACCUCGAGAAGUUCUCCCACUACGUCGCUCGGCAGAUUGGGUUCGAGGACGCGAGCGAGUGCCCCCACCUGUGCAAGGCGGCCAACAACUACCUCCGGCAGACCAACAACUGCAUGGCGGACGUCUACGGCCUCCUGGACGGCGUCCCGGAGGCCGACGCGCUCUACGUCAAGCUCGUCAACGAGCUGGAGAGAUGCAUCCUCGGCUACUUCGCCUUCCACUGGGACCAUUCCACCACCCUCGUCACCCAGGCCUUGACCGUGGACAGCGCCAACAAAAAGAAGCUGAGGAACGUGAUUCUGGAAGCUAACAGCAGGAAGCAACGGUUCGAGCGGAUCACGAAGGACCUCAAGGUGACGCGUGUGUUCUCCACACUGGUGCAUGAGAUGAAGGCCAUCGGCACGGUGACGGGGAUGAAUGGCGAGGAGGAGGCGCACUGCACCGACGUUAUGGCCCCGGUGGCGCACAGCGACCGGUCCCCGGUGCUGCUGCUGAUGGGCGGCGGCAUGGGCGCCGGCAAGAGCACCGUGCUCAAGGAGAUACUUCAAGAGCCGUUUUGGAUAGAGGCGGGGAAGAACGCUUUGGUGGUUGAGGCGGACGCUUUCAAGGAGACAGACGUGAUCUACCGCGCCAUCAGCUCCAUGGGCCACCACAACGACAUGCUUCAGACGGCAGAGCUGCUGCCCGAUCGACCGACCGACACUUUCUCCAACUGUAUGAAAGAUUGUAAGGGAACCCCCUACAGCAUAAUUGGUGCAACAAACCCAAAUUGCAAGUACCAAGCCUUGAACCUGGGUGCGUGUGCUAACACGCUGGGUGUAACACAACAGGUGCACAAGUCGUCGACGGACGCGGCGUCGUCGCUGCUGGUGACGGCGCUGAACGAGGGGCGCGACGUGAUCCUGGACGGCACGCUCUCCUGGGAGCCCUUCGUGGAGCAGACCAUCGCCAUGGCCCGGGCCGUGCACUCCCAGCGCCACCGCAUGGGCGUGGGCUACAAGGUGGACGAGGACGGCACCAUCACCGAGAACUACUGGGAGCCCGUCCCCAACGACCAGGACUUUGUCGCCGCCAACAGGGACCGGAAACCGUACCGGAUCGAGGUCGUCGGCGUCGUCUGCGACGCCUACCUCGCCGUCGCCAGAGGGAUCAGGAGAGCGAUCAUGACGGGGAGGGCGGUGAGGGUGAACUCGCAGCUCACGUCGCACAAGAGAUUCGCGGCGGCGUUCCAGAAGUACUGCCAGCUUGUGGACGGGGCCAAGCUCUACAGCUCCAACUCCUUGGGCUCUCCACAGCUGAUCGCGUGGAAGGGCGACAUCAACGGCAGCCUGCUGGUGGAGCCGCGCGAGAUCGACUGCCUGGACAAGGUGAGCAACCUCAACGAGGGCGCCACCUCCCUGCACGACCUCUACCCCGGCGGCGCCACCACCUGCGGCUCCCGCUCCAUCUGGGACGACAUGAUCGUCGCGCCGUCCCGCGCCACCGUCCAGCGAGAGAUCCGGGAGGCCAUCCGCUCCGUGGAGCCGACGGCAACGCCGACCGCCUUGUAG